GUCCAGACAAGGAAGGAGGAGCCCGUGCCUCCCGCCGCGAGCCGGAGCGUCCCCACUUUCUACUUCCCUCGCGGCCGCCCGCAGGACACGGUGAACGUGGACGCUGUCAUCGCCAAGAUCGAGAGGACCUUUGCCCAGUUCCCGCACGAGAGGGCCACCAUGGAGGACAUGGGCCGCGUGGCCAAGGCCUGUGGCUGCCCACUCUACUGGAAGGGACCGCUCUUCUGUGGUGCCGGCGGUGAGCGCACCGGCUCCGUGUCCGUCCACAAGUUCGUCGCAAUGUGGAGAAAGGUCCUGCAGAACUGUCACGACGAUGCCGCCAAGUUUGUGCACCUGCUCGUGAGCCCCGGCUGCAGCUACCUGGUGCAGGAGGACUUCGUGCCCUUCCUGCAGGACGUGGUGAACACACACCCCGGGCUGGCGUUCCUGAAGGAGGCUGCCGAGUUCCAUUCCCGCUACAUCACCACGGUCAUCCAGAGGAUCUUCUACACCGUCAACCGGUCCUGGUCGGGCAGGAUCACGUGCGCCGAGCUGCGAAGGAGCACCUUCCUGCAGAACGUGGCUCUCCUGGAGGAGGAGGCGGACAUCAACCAGCUGACGGAGUUCUUCUCCUACGAGCACUUCUACGUCAUCUACUGCAAGUUCUGGGAGCUGGACACGGACCACGACCUGCUCAUCGACGCGCAGGACCUGGCCCGGCACAACGACCACGCUAUUUCCACCAAGAUGAUUGACCGGAUCUUCUCCGGAGCCGUGACGCGAGGGAAAAAGGUGCAGAAGGAAGGAAAAAUCAGCUACGCGGACUUUGUCUGGUUUCUGAUCUCCGAGGAGGACAAGAAGACCCCCACCAGCAUUGAGUACUGGUUCCGCUGCAUGGACCUGGACGGGGACGGGGCGCUGUCCAUGUUUGAGCUGGAGUACUUCUACGAGGAGCAGUGCCGGCGGCUGGACAGCAUGGCCAUCGAGGCCCUGCCCUUCGAGGACUGCCUGUGCCAAAUGCUGGACCUGGUGAAGCCCCAGACUGAAGGGAGGAUCACGCUGCAAGACCUGAAGCGCUGCAAGCUGGCCAACGUGUUCUUUGACACCUUCUUCAACAUCGAGAAGUAUCUGGACCACGAGCAGAAAGAGCAGGCGUCCCUGCUCAGGGAGAGUGAGAGCGAGGGGCCCGAGCUGUCCGACUGGGAGCGCUUCGCUGCUGAGGAGUACGACAUCCUGGUGGCCGAGGAGGCCGCGGGGGACCCCUGGGAGGACGGGUAUGAGGCCGAGCUCAGCCCCGUGGAGCAGAAGCUGAGCGCCCUGCGGUCCCCGCUGGCCCAGAGGCCCUUCCUGGAGGCGCCGGGCAGCCUGGGCACCGUCGAGCUGUAUGAGUACGAGUGUGGGGGCGACGACCUGCCGCCCUCGUGACCCGCGGCUCCUCGGGGCCCCCGUGGCCCGUGGGUGGGGAACGCGGCCGAGCAGCCAUCGGCCUCACCCAGUGCAGUUCGUCUCUCUGUGGUGCGUGCGUCUUUAUUUGGCACAGAAGCGGCUGCAGACGGCCUCGCGGUGCCUCCCCAGCGGGCAGGCGGCCUAGGCCCGCUGCCCUGUCCAGGCGCUUGGAGUCCCCCGUCAGCGGACGGUUCACCCCGGUGGGAAUCCUGCGGUGCUGUCGUGGGUCUGCCCGGGCUGUCCCCGCGCUGACCUUGGGCCGGCUGUGUCGGCAGGAACAUUCCAGGAGCCACAGCGCCCGCUGUCCCACGGGGCCCCUGCAGGGAUGCCGCCCCGGCCAGGGCCGAGGGAGCACCCAGGUCAGCGCGGCCCAGCAUUUCUGUGUACGUGCACAGAAUGUGUACAGUUGCCUUCUAUUUGCUGUGCAGAGCGGUUUAAAGAGUUUUAUGAGAUCACGUUUGUAUUUUGAAAUAAAGAAUUAAAGGAUUUUCAGCCCGAGACUAACCUUGAGACAA